AUGCAGUUCAGUAUUGACGGAGUGACUUGGUAUCGCCACCCAAAGCAGCCUUCUGUGGGGACGUAUAUUCUAAACAGGCCCGUGUUCGCCCAGUUCGUCCGCCUCCUGCCAAAGUUUAAGGGCCUACGCUUUGACGUCUUGGGGUGCACGUCUGACGACACCCCUCGCAACAUCUUAUGCAACAGCACAGCCGCCGACCUCGGCCUCGACGGUUCAAUGACGGUCCGGUGUCCACUGGGCUGCGCCGAAGCCGGCUAUAAGGUCUACGGAACACGGAUCUACGAACAGGACUCCAACAUCUGCGCGGCUGCUAUUCACUCGGGCAUCAUUGAGAUUGGAGGAGAUGUGACUUUGCUGAAGAGACUGCCACAGAAAGCCUACAACGGCUCCACCUGUAGCGGAAUCGUCUCGAAAGUAUAUGUUAACGAAUUGGCUCCGUUUCCGUCUUACACUUUUGCUGCCACGGAGCCGAGAUGCUUGGGACCUGACUGGGAGGAGUUUGCGGACUUCUGCUACAAACGUUUUGAUGAUACGAAGAAGUGGUACGACGCUCAACACUUCUGCAGGAGUCUCGAUGCCGAGCUGGUGUCUAUCCUCUCCGAGGCUGAGCGGGAUUGGCAGCACGACCUCCCCCUGGAAACACGACGUGGACCGGACUGA